GCCCAAGGACACUUACAUUGGUUACUUGCCUCUGGCCCAUGUAUUGGAACUGACAGCCGAAAUUUCUUGCAUCACUUACGGCUGCAGGAUUGGCUAUUCCUCUCCACUCACGCUGUCGGAUCAGUCAAGUAAAAUUAAGAAGGGAAGCAAAGGAGACUGUACUGUACUCAAGCCUACGCUGAUGGCAGCUGUGCCUGAAAUAAUGGACAGAAUUUAUAAAAAUGUCAUGAGUAAAGUUCAAGAGAUGAACUAUAUUCAGAGAACUCUGUUCAAGAUAGGCUACGACUACAAACUGGAACAAAUCAAGAGGGGAUACGAUGCACCCCUGUGUAACGUACUAUUGUUUAAAAAGGUAAAGGCACUACUGGGAGGGAACGUCCGUAUGAUGCUUUCUGGAGGAGCACCACUCUCUCCUCAAACACAAAGAUUCAUGAACAUCUGUUUUUGCUGUCCUGUUGGUCAGGGCUAUGGACUAACAGAAACAUGCGGAGCUGGAACAAUUACAGAAGUUGCUGAUUACAGCACUGGCAGAGUUGGAGCUCCUCUCAUUUGUUGUGAAAUAAAAUUGAGAGACUGGCAAGAAGGGGGCUAUACUAAUAGAGACAAGCCUAAUCCCAGAGGAGAAAUUAUAAUUGGUGGCCCUAACGUCUCAAUGGGAUAUUUUAAAAACGAAGAGAAGACAACAGAAGAGUUCUCCAUCGAUGAAAACGGUCAGAGAUGGUUCUGUACAGGAGAUAUAGGGGAAUUUCAUCCGGAUGGGUGUCUGCAGAUCAUAGAUCGUAAGAAAGACUUGGUAAAGCUACAAGCAGGAGAAUAUGUAUCUCUGGGCAAAGUAGAAGCAGCACUGAAGAACUGUCCAUUGAUUGACAACAUCUGUGCUUAUGCCAAAAGCGACCAGUCUUACGUGAUCAGUUUUGUGGUUCCUAAUCAGAAGAAGCUGAUGGCAUUAGCUGAGCAGAAAGGCAUCAGUGGAACCUGGGCAGAUAUUUGUAACAAUCCUACAAUGGAAGCUGAAAUACUGCAAGAGAUUAAAGAAGUGGCAAACAAGAUGAAACUGGAAAGGUUUGAAAUACCCAUCAAAGUACGGUUGAGCCCUGAACCGUGGACCCCAGAGACUGGGUUAGUAACAGAUGCUUUCAAGUUGAAAAGGAAAGAACUGAAAAACCAUUACCUCAACGACAUCGAAAGAAUGUACGGCGGCAAAUAAACAAGUUGUGCUGACCAGACAGUUGUGCAGAUGGGUCCUUCUCAUGCCACAGUUUUGGAUGUCUGUGUAUACUGUAGAUGUCACACAUUCAGAAAAUGUACCAAACAGAUGAAUGUUUCUAUAAUCUCUAUCAAGUACAACAGAGACUGUCUUAGACUCCAGAUUUCUUAAUUAUUAGCAGAACACACUGAUGGUCUUCACAGAGUUUCGUGUGAUCAUCUCCAGUUUUGAGACAGACAUCAUU